AGCUGACAGCGACAUUUCCCACAGCAGUGAACGCAGCGCGGCUGUGCUCAUUCCUGCAGUGUCCCGCUGCAGGACAGUCUGCGUGAACUCGGGAGGGGAAGCGCCGCGCUGUUAAAACUCCCAGGAUUUACACUCUGCCAUUUUGAGGAAAACCGGCCGACAUCAGGGGUACAGCCGCGUCCAUGAAACAGAAGUCAUGACCUGAAUUAGUGAAGCACCACUGUGAAUUUAGGAGAAGGCCUCAGGGGGACAACAGGUAAUCUAACAAAGGAGGGAUUGUUGAUUUGAACUGGUCUUCAGGCCUCUUCAGCCAUGUGUUCCACAAAUCACUCAAACUGGGUCACGUUUGAAGAUGACAACACACCCCUGUCACCACCUCAGAAGCCCCUGCAGUCACCAGGGCUUAUCAAAGCGUCAGUGCCGCGUCCCAAUGGUCUGAAAUUAGUUCUUCCUCCAAUCAGAGAUACUUCCUGGAGCUUCAAUAACUCUCUGGAAUCCCCUCUAAGCACGUCGAGUCUUAGUGGAAGUUCCUGUGUACCAUAUAACACGCCCUUUUGCACUCCUGUGAGUGGGGUACCUAGUAAUGCGUCCCCAUUUCAAAACGACUUCUUUCGGAGUUUCUCCAGCACGCCGAACACUUCUGUCCCCUCUCCUGCACCACAGGCCCCGCAUCAAACCUCAGAUGGACCAAGCCCUUUCCCCUCUUUCCAGGGAAACUCAGGACAUUAUAAUCCCUUCUGGGAUGGGUCUAGACACAGCGCAGAUGUGGACAGCUCCUCCUCAGACUCAGAAACUGACAACAGCCUACCACGCUUCUUUAUUCGGACCAAAGAUGGCAAUGAGCCUCCGCGUGAUCACUUCCAGAGCUCAUUCUCCUACGUCUGCCAUAAACUGGAAGGCCUACGAGCAGAAACGGACCAUGAGACAGAAAAAGAUGGAGAGAGGCGGCCAAGUUGCAAAAGCGAGGUGUUGAGCGAGGGUUCUUCUCAGUUUGUUCCUCGGGGUCUGUUUCGUAGCCAGAAGAGAGACGGCUGGUCUGUCUUGCUCAGGAUUCCUGAAAAAAAGAACCGCAUGUCCUCGCGACAGUGGGGGCCGAUCUACCUCCGCUUGUUGCCGGGAGGUGUGCUGCAGAUGUACUACGAGAAAGGGCUGGAGAAGCCGUUCAAGGAGUUCCAGCUUCUCCCCCAAUGCAGGCUGUCGGAUCUUAAACUGGAAAGCUACGGCGAGCCCCGCAAAGUCCUCUCGGUCAAGGUGGAACAUUUCUCAUACACAGAAAAGAAACGCUACCACCCCAAGCUGGAGGUCAGUCACGAGGCGGAGGCAGAAGAGCUGCUCAAGUUUGGCUCCACAGUACACGACGACAUGGAGGACCUGGUGGUGUCCAUAGAGGAGGAAAUCUUCAGAUUGUGUUUGCACCACCAGCAGAGGCGGCACUACGAGGAGCAGGAGCUGUCGUUGCAGAUCACUGAUCAUAUCUGGGUACAACUGGAUAAGUUUGGAGAAGUCAUGGAGCGGACAUCCUUCACCCAGAUUCACUGUCUGGCUUUCCUGAAUGGACUAGGGGAUUGUUUUCUUGCCCUUAAUGAUCUCGGGCUGGUGCGCUUCAACUCUGCCUAUGGGUCUGAGGACGAUGGUGAACUCUGGAUGGAGAUUGCAGACUGCUGUUUUCACAAAUGUGUGAAUGAGACAGAGUACCAUAGGUCCAGGCUGAUAAAGUUCUCGCCUCCGGAAGCGUGCAGGGUGGAGCUGGUGCGAUAUAAGACGGCAGUUUUGGGUUGCACAGAAAUGCCCUUCUCGAUCAAAGCUGUUGUCACAGUUCAAGGUGCCUAUGUGGAGCUCCAGGCCUUUCUUAACAUGUCAGCCACCUUCCUUUCCUCAGUGAGGGUGUCUGACACGUACCCACUGUGUGAGAAUGUAGUGAUCCGUGUACCUGUGCCAGGCGACUGGGUCAAAGUGACGCAGACAGUGGCCUUGCUGCGACAGAGGUCUCUUAAGGCCCGUAUGAACAGAAAUGCCUGCUUGGGUGCUGUCACCGCUGCAGAUUCACAGCCUGUCAUGCAGGUGACAAUCGGCACCGUCAAGUAUGAGAAUGUAUAUUCAGCCGUCGUGUGGAGGAUUGACCGACUGCCCGCCAAGAAUAUGGCGGUGGAUCAUCCCCACUCAUUUUCCUGCAAGCUAGAGCUGGGAUCUGAUCAGGAGAUCCCAAAUGACUGGUACCCUUUUGUCACGAUGGAAUGUGAAAUUAUGGGCGCGGUUGUGUCACAGACCAGGGUGAAGUCACUGGGCACUGCGAACGACAUCCAGCCGCAGAAACACGUGACCAGUUGGACACGCUACCAUUGUCAGGCCAAACUGUACUUGUCCAUAAUUGAUGAUGUGAUUGAGAGUAUGAGGGAGCUGUUUUUGGAUGAAGGGCUUGAAGACCGCGUCCUGGACGAUUUGAGGCAUCUUUGGGAGUCAAAGAUGAUGCAGUCAAAAGCAAUGGAAGACUUCAGGAAAAAUAAUAUCAACUCAUCCAACUUUGUGCUGCAGCUCCCUGCUAACUACAGUCAGGCUGAUCAAGAACUCACAGCUUCAGUUGUGAUCCCUACGAGUCAGAAUAUCCACAGUUUCCCAAUCAAGAACAACUCAGAGACACUUGCUACUUUUUCUCUCCCUGCUGGGUUGUCUUACCCUGUGCAGAUACCAGCAGGAGUCACUCUACAAACUGCUUCUGGUCAACUUUACAAGGUCAAUGUUCCUGUUGUGGUUACCCAGGCCCCGGCAGGUCAGGCAGCUGCGUCCCAACCCACACAGAAAAUCACUGAGCGGAGAGAAGCUCCUGCUCCUCAGUCAGCAGCAGUCCCACCUAAUGCCACUCAUCCUCAGGAGGUGGAGCCGUCCUCUGUCACUGCUUCCUCUGUCACUGCUUCCUCUGUCACACAGCUGCCACAUCCAAAGAACAAUUUACCCUCUGGUCUGGAAAGCAGCCUCCCCCAGCCGCCACAAGUUCCUGCUGCUGAGACCUUGCAGCUUCAGGGCGCCCACUCUCCAGAGCCAGAGGUCACAUUGGAAGAAAAUGAGCCGAGUCCACAGCCCUUGAACCUCAGUAUAAGCGCUUCUCCCUGCAGUCAGUUAUUAGACUUCCAGAUCAGCACGGAGGAGGCUUUGACUCAGACGGCACAGUUAAAGACCAGAGACAUCGAUGAUAUCCUCAAAGAGGUGAUUGCAGAGGAGACGAAGAAGGCAGAGAGGGCGAGGAAUCAAGCACCUGCAAAGACUGACAACCACGCUGAGGCCGUUCUUGGGCUGGACCUGGACUAUAGCUACAGCGAACUGUCAGACAUCGUUCAGCUUGAUGGACCUGCGGGGAACUCUGACAUCGAGGAGGAAGAGGAAGUUCCCCUGGAAGAGAACGACUUUCUGGGUAUAAUCAACGCAGAGGCCAUCAAAGCCCUGCAGGAGGGAGACGUAAGCAGCGACAGCAACAGCAUCUCCUCCAGCAACGACAGCGAGGAAGCCGAUGAACUCGCUAAUGUAGUGGAAGAGGAUCCUUUGAAUUCGGGUGAUGAUGUGAUUGAGCAGGACAUCCCAGAUCUCUUCGACACUGACAAUGUAAUCGUUUGUCAGUAUGACAAAAUUCACCGCAGCAAGAACCGCUGGAAGUUUCAUUUGAAAGAUGGAGUGAUGUGUUACGGAGGUAGGGACUAUGUCUUCUCUAAAGCUGUUGGGGAAGCUGAGUGGUGAUGAGCUUUAGCUCUCUUGAAGACAUCAGAUAAUCACAUUUAAAGAGGAAAAACUGAUUUAAAAGGGAAAAAUAAUUAGUCAAUUUAGACCUCUUGGUGGUGUACUUUAGCUCAGGAAGCAGGCAUUUAGAACACGUCUGUGUAAAAUCACUGCUAUUUUUGUUUUUUUCGUUAAUGUAAUUAUCAGAGCAAUACUGCAUGUCAUUUACAGCCAAUUACUUGUGGCGUUGCUCUACCGAGACAAACAGCACGAAUUUCUGUUGGAUAAUACUAAGCUGAGAAUUGUUUUCUUCAUUAGUGGAGUGAAACAUUAUUUGACCUGGAAUGUGUUUUACUUCUGUCAUGAUCAUGUUGCUUUCAAGCAACCUAAUGUGCUUUUUGAUUUUCAAACAUUGUAAUGACUUUAAUCAUGCUUCAAAUACAAAGAACUGCACUGUGCUGUGUUCAAAAAAACUUUUUUUUGGUACAAUCCUGCACAAAGCCUGUGUUCCCUUGGUGUCAUAACAUUUUUCUAACGAACGAAGAUGUUUUUUUCUUGUUGAAAAUACUACCGACAAAUUCAGUGGAACAUGCCAAAAAAUAUAACACUAAAAUCUAUUAAUUACUCAAAAAAGUUACUCACAGCUGGAAAGAAAAUAUAAAGGGUGGUGUGAAAUCUCCGCAUACAGUCCACAAAACAACAACAAAUCAGUGACAAAUCCUUUGAAAAUGUUCUGGACAUUGACAGUGUUAUCACAAUUCAGUGAUAUUCUUUGGUGCAAGCCUUAUGUCUUAUUUUCUUAAAUAUAAAAAAGGGAAGUUACUUUUCUUGUA